CCCCCCCCCCCCCCCCCCGCACCGAAGCCCGGCUACUAGCCCCUGUCCUGUGGAACGGCCAAUCAUGGACUUGUCACAGAAGCCCCUUUUCCUCAGCUCAGAUUGCCAGCAGUGGCUGGACAGUAAUGAAAUGAAGCGGGGCCGAGCCGCCUCCUUUGCACUGUACCUCCGCCCCGCAGGCGCGACCAUGCGCCGAUAAAUUUCCAGCGCCCCUGUGCAACGACGACGACACCUACGACAAACACACGAGUAGAGACAGGCUGAGACGACAAAGAGCAGAUAUGAGCACCUCCAACGCUGUCGAAGGCAAGGGAGAUGCCGGCGUCAAACUCGACUCGACGUCGGCAGUUCCGCCGCCCUCCCCGAUGGAGUCGAAUCACCGCGAGAGGCUGGUGCAGCGCCUCCGUCGCAUCUCGCUCCGCAGCAACGCUUCUCGAGGCUCGCCAACGAAAGGCAAAGGGGAAGCGCCUGUAGCAGAAGCCGUCAUUGGACAUGCACGCAAGGAAGAUGACGGCACCGAGCUGGCUAAAGCUGCGCCUCAAGAAGCAAAGGCGCCAGCACCGCCCUCGAAAGAUACAGAACCAGAGCAGAAGUCGGCUCAAAAGGGAACCCUAGCGCCCGUGCCACGACCGAUGCUUGAAUCGGAAGAGCCUGACGAACCGCAGCCCGUGGACUUGGGGGCCCAAAUUUUGGUCUUUGGGCCUGACCAAGCCAUGGCCGACAUACAAGCAAGGGUCGACGAGGUGUACGAGGCACAGGUUGCCAAUCAGUUUGGAAGCGAUCGCUGGGCUCUCUUCUUCAAGCCCGGUCAGUACACGCUCGAUGUCCGCGUGGGCUACUACACAACGGUACAUGGCCUCGGUUCGAGCCCCGAGGACGUAGUCAUCACGGGCGCAGUCCGGGUCAAGGCCGACUGGAUGGAGAACAACAACGCCACCGUCAAUUUUUGGCGCGGUGUCGAAAAUCUCACAGUGAUUCCGACCAUCGAAGAAGACGAAUCCAUUCUCGUUUGGGCAGUCUCCCAAGCCACCUUCUUCCGUCGUGUCCAUGUCAAGGGCCCAGUCGUCCUUUCCGAUCACGGCGGCUGGUCUUCAGGCGGCUUCAUUGCCGAUUCCCAGAUCGACGGGCAGAUCGACAAUGGCACUCAGCAACAGUUCAUCACCCGCAACGUUUCGAUGGGCUCCUGGACAGGAGGGUCGUAUGCCCAGGUCUUUGUUGGCGACCUAGGUGCUCCCAAUGAGGACUGGCCAAAGGUGCCAUUCUCUACCAUCAAAAAGACGCCCGUCGUGCGAGAGAAGCCCUACCUUGUCUAUGAUUCCACGGCAGACGCCUACCUCGUCGCCAAGCCAGCUACGAAACCCUGCAGCGUUGGUCCCAGCUGGACUGGUGAAGGCUCUGUCAAGGACGCCACAGUGGCUCUCUCUUCAUUUUACGUGGCCGACCCGACAAAGGACAACGCCGAUACUUUGAAUGCUGCCCUGGUCAAGGAGAUGUCGGUCCUCUUUACGCCCGGCGUCUAUCUGCUCGGAUCUGCGCUUGCUGUUACGGCUCCUGGCACGGUCCUCCUCGGCCUGGGUCUUGCAACGCUUAAGCCUGUUAACGGGACCGCGGCUCUUACCAUCGCAGAUGUGGAAAAUGUUCAUGUCGCCGGUCUGCUCCUGGACGCGGGCGCCAACUUCUCCUCGAGCCUGUGCACGGUCGGUGACGCUGGUUCUGGCUCCCUGAACUGGACUCCCAAUGACAAGCCAGUCGUUCUCAGCGACGUCUUCUGUCGCGUUGGCGGCGCGGGGCUGGGGCGCUGCGACAACUGCAUCACAAUCAAUCGUCGGGACACCAUUGGGGACAAUCUUUGGUUGUGGAGGGCCGACCACGGCGACGGAGUCGGUUGGUACCUCAACCCUUGCAACACCGGACUCGUCGUCAAUGCCGACUAUGUGACAAUCUACGGCCUCUUCAACGAGCACCACAAAGAGUAUCAGACUAUUUGGAAUGGCAAUCAUGGUCAGGUAUUUUUCUACCAGUCUGAGCUGCCGUACGACCCGCCAAACAACAAUGUCUGGUCUCACUCGCGUGUGGCUGGAUGGGCCUCCUACAAGGUCUCCAAUGCGGUCACGUCUCACUACGCCACGGGCCUGGGCAUCUACUGCGUCUUUACCAACCCCAAUGUGUACGGAUUCUCUGCUAUUGAGCAGCCGACCUCGCACGCUUCUUAUGAGCCCAAGGCCGUGCUCGUCAGACAUGCGACCACGGUCCGCUUCGGAGGGGCCACCAACUCUGGCAUUGACCACGUCAUUAAUGACCUUGGUGCCACGAUCAACGAUACUAACAAGGAGGCGCAGCUCGAGAGCGCUUAUGAAUGAACUGUCAGCGACUUGUUCGCAGUAGAAUGAUGGACAGUCUUCUUUCUUAUGAGUAACGAAUGACGAUGACUAUAUUCAAUGACGAUAGUGCGAGACCGGGACUCGGAUAAAUUAAGACGAUGAUACACU